AAUCACAACUGAGAGAGAGAGAGAGAGAGAGAGAGAGAGAGAGAGAGAGAGGCCUCUGUGGAUAGAAGGCACCUUGUUCUCUUCUCGGAGGAAACUUCCCAGAGAAAGAGGGAGAACAUUUGGUACAAAAACAGCUCCAUGGUGGCCUACUUUGGUGCCAAGUGGCGGAAGCCCAUUCCCCAGAGCAGUCCUCCCUUGCUUCUCUUUCCCCCAUAACAAACUAAUCCAAUCUCAAAACCCCCUUUAUUUUCUGAACUAAAUUCUAAAUCCCCACUCAAAAUCUCGUCCUCUUCAUGCUCAUAUCAUGCCAAACAACAAAAACAGAGCUACUACUGGAAACCACACUACUCCAACUUCUCCCUCUCAAGCCGUCGAGAAGCCCCGACCUGUUCCCUUCUCGUCCAUGCUCAAAAUCUUCAACACCAGGCUCCGGAGCCUCUGCUCCCGCUGCCGCUGGCCCACCCGCCUCCGCCUCCGCCGCCGCCCCAAGCCCAAAGUCCUCGUCAAGACCGUCGGAAAACCCACCCCCGCUGCGCAAUCCGAUCCUAAAUUCAGCCCCGGCUCCGCGGCCAUUCACCCAAAUGCGCAAUUGGGCGGUUCUGAUUCCUCUGAAUCCGAAAGGACAAUCCGAAUCGCCACAUUUAAUGCUUCCCUCUUCUCCAUGGCACCUGCGGUUCCCAAUACUGAGGGUUCGGCGAGUAUAGACUCUGGAAAUGGAGAUUUUGCGGUGGUUAGGAGAUCCCCGGAAAUUAAUUUGAGAGCGAAAUCUGCAAAUGACCGUCCGAGGGGCAUUCUGAAGCAGUCUCCUCUGCAUCCCAAUUCCAACGACAAUUCAGAGAACCUUUCCAGGCAGCAGAAGUUUGCGAGAUCGAAAUUACGGGUUUCCAUCAAUCUGCCCGAUAACGAGAUUUCGUUGGAACGGAGCCGAAAAUUGAGCUUCGCGGAAGACGAAAACGAGGGUUCUUCGAGCAACAGCAUGAGCAGAAUUCUGAGAGGAAAGGCUCCUCUGAGACCCUCUUCGAGUUUCUCUUCAAAUGAUGGAAAUGGAGCGGAUUGUGAGAGCUACAGAAGCAGAACAACACUGGUUGAAGUUCUUAGAGAGCUGGAUGCUGAUAUAUUGGCCCUGCAAGAUGUGAAGGCAGAGGAGGAGAAAGGCAUGAAGCCUCUGUCCGAUUUAGCUGCUGCUUUGGGGAUGAACUAUGUGUUUGCGGAGAGCUGGGCACCUGAGUACGGCAACGCCGUCUUGUCCAAAUGGCCCAUUAAGAGGUGGAAAGCUCUGAAGAUCUUUGAUGAUACAGAUUUCAGGAAUGUUCUGAAGACAACAAUUGAUGUGCCCCAGAUAGGAGAAGUUAACUUCCACUGCACCCACCUCGAUCAUUUUGACGAAAACUGGCGAAUGAAACAAAUCAAUGCUAUAAUCCAAUAUAGUGAUGAACCUCACAUCUUAGCAGGCGGUCUAAAUUCUCUCGACGAGUCUGAUUACUCACAAGAAAGAUGGGCAGAUAUUGUUAAGUAUCAUGAAGACAUGGGAAAGCCUACCCCAAAGGUUGAGUUAAUGAAAUUCUUGAAAGAGAGACAAUACACCGACGCCAAAGACUUCCCCGCGGAAUGCGAACCGGUUGUCAUGAUCGCAAAAGGCCAAAGCGUACAGGGGACAUGUAAGUAUGGGACUAGGGUAGAUUACAUAUUGUCAUCCCCAAAUUCGCCAUACAAGUUUGUUCCGGGGUCGUACUCGGUUUUGUCCUCGAAAGGGACUUCUGACCAUCACAUUGUGAAGGUCGAUAUAAAAAAGUUGGAUGACUGUGAUCAAGAAAAUGGCAGCAGAAGGCAGCAGCAGCAACCAAAACAGAAGGUUGUAAAGAUAAACUCCGCAUCACCAAAUGGUAUAUUUAGAAUGAGUGCAGGGGAUAGGUAGACUAGGUUCAUUUCCAUGGUAGGCAUAGAUUUCACAUUGUUUCUUCAAGUUAAUGUGAGAGGAGGGGCAGCUGAUUUUGAGCCUGCAUCCCUUUGCCACUUGUAAAUCAUUUUAAGUAUGCACUCUUUACAUGCCUUGUAAAUCAUUUAACAAAUUUUACUUCA